CGCUUCUGGCGCAACGACAGACUGCCGGCGUGCCUCAAGCGCCUCGGCCUGCACUCCGGCUCUCUUGAGUUAAGCUGCACAGAACGUCGGCAUGUACCGCCGCACCGCUCGCCGCUGCCGGCCGCCGGCUGGCUGGUGGAGCAACGGGCGGGCAGCAUGCACAUGUGGGAGCGGAGCGGAGGCUGCGCGGCGAGGCGAGAUCGGCGGCGGCACAAGAGCGGCGCACCCUUUGUCCCUCUCCACACCACCACCACCCACGCUCCUUCGACUCGGCUCCUCCGUCGCGGCCACGCUCCUUCGUCUCGGCCUCUCUCACUGCGCUUUCUCCGCGAUGCCUCGGCUCAGUGUCGUCGUGCUGCUGGCCGUCGUGCUGGCGGCCCUCUCCCUCGUGCCCGCCGCCGCGGCCGCCGCGCCCAAGUGCUCCUCGCACGGCUGGACGACGCAGGGCAAGCUGCGCAAGUACACGCAGUACGACGCCGCGGCCGCCGACAUUGCCGCCAACGGCGGCUGGAAGAAGCUGCCGGGCAGCAAGGCCGUGUGCGGCGCGCAGCUGCUGCGCGAUGCGUUCGUCGUCAACAGCCAGGGCCUCACGCAGCCGCUGUACGUCUCGCAGCUCGCCGACAACAGCGCCGUGCAGCGCAUCGUCAUCACCGUGCCGGCCAAGGGCCGCGAUGGCUGGAUGUACUUCACGUCGAUCUACAACGCCCUGCAAAAGGCCGGCGCCACGUACGCCGACAUUGACAAGAAGAAGAUUGCCAUCAUCUCGACGCAGUACAUGAACCAGGCGGACGCCGACGCCGGCUCUGCGCGCGCCACGGACCUGCUCUUCGACGACGUCAGCUGGUCCGACGGUGCGCAGGGCCGCGCCAACGCCGGCGGCGGCGCCCAGCUCGGCGGCGACCAGAUCAGCAGCUACGAGGUGCUGGACAAGCUCAUCGUGUGGGCGCAGCAGCGCUACCCGAACGCGAAGCGCGUCGUCGUCGCCGGCCACUCGCUCGGCGGACAGGCCGUGAACCGCUACUCGGUGCUGCGCAAGGAGCAGCUCGACGCCGUGCCCGUGUAUUUUGUCGCCGGCAACCCGGCGUCGUGGCUGUGGAUGGAGACGUCUCGUCCGCGGCCCGACGCCAACUGCCCGGGUGUCGACGACUACAAGUUCGGCCUGAGCGCCGGCAUGGUGCCGUACGCCAUGGCCGACCUGCUGCGUCUGGGCCGCGACGGCAUGCUGCGGCGCUUUGCCGGCCGCAACGUGGUGCUGGCGCUCGGCGACAAGGACUACGGCGCCGGAGACCCGAGCUGCCAGGCCUCGGUGCAGGGCCGCAGCCACCGCAACCGCGGCAUGCUGUUCGUGCGCUCGAUUACGAAGCUGCUCGGCGCCUUUCCGGCCAAGUGGUCCUACGACCAGGUCUCCGGCUGCUCGCACGAUCCCAUGUGCAUGUGGGCCUCGGAGCUCGGCAUGCUGCGUCUCUUCCGCGACGGCUAUCCGGGCGCCUCGACGCGCGUCAGCAAGAACGCCAGCGCGGCGCGGCGCCGCAACGAGCUCGACGAGGAGGAGCAGUGAGGUGCUGCUGCGGCGCUGCACAUCUUUCCCACACCUGUCUCUGCGCUCCAGCCUGAGCGCAGCUUGCUCCACGUCACGCACAGACUCCUAAUGCUAUUCGCUAGUGCAGGUCAAACAGAUCCGACUUGAAGCCGUACUCGUCCUCUCCAUCGCCGCCCGCGCCGUGCUCCUGGACGAGCUGCACGCCGUCGCGCACGUCGCGCACGUCCGCGGCCGUCUG